AUGGAUUCUCAAACGGCGCUUCCUGAAGCACCAGAAAUAACAAUAAUCCAUGUUCAAUUGAACGACGACAUUCCCUUUCUAAUAGAACUUCCGAUAAACGAAAAACUAAUUGAAAUUCGUGAAAUACUAACCGGAAAACCAGAAAUUCGAAUAGGCAAUAAGAUGUCAUUCACAAAAUUAAGCGAAAAUGACGCUUAUGCAAAAAUUUUACAAGAAGACGAAGAUAAAUAUUAUUUGUCGGAUAUCUUAGAUAAUAACAACAAAUUGAAAUUUGUCGGUGAGAUUGAACCAGAUUGGGCAACGAUUGAAAAAAAUUGUCAUCUUUUGUAUGGAAUUCGUUUUACUGAAUCAGGACCCGAACUUGCAGAUGAACAAGCAUUUGAAAUCAAAGAGCUUCCAGCAUCAAAUGAAAAUACAUUUGAAGUUACAGAGGUUCAGGAACCAAUACCAGACAAGAUGAUAUUUUGUGAGACUGAAAGUGAUCAUUUGUCUGUAAGGAACUUCAUCUCGAAUGUAAAACUUAAUGUAAAUCUACCAAGUUCGCCCAUUUCAGUUACGUUUGAUGGCACUCGAACUUUGCAACACGGAAACCACGUUAACAGUAGAAAAGCGACUACUUAUUGCACAUCCAAAAGGAUUAAAGCAAGAAUUUUAAUAAAUAAAUCAAAAAUUAAAGCCACCGACAAAUUUUUAAAUGCGGUUGAUAAAGCACUUGAAUCUAAUGAUCAGCGAGAAGCACUUAAAGAAGUGAUUAAUAAUUAUGGACAAUAUUGGUGUCAAAGAAUCGGAGUAGGAGGGAGUAUUGUUUAUGUUCAAAAGGAGGAAAAUAAAAUAAAUGAAAUCGGAACUUCCUAUGAAAGGAAUUUCGGAGGGUCUACGAAUAUAGGUUUCGAUGGAAGAAAUGCAAGAAAUCAAACAACAACUCGAAAGAAUGCAUUAAACAGUGAAUACACUUAUUUUGACAUACGCGGUGGACUAGAAGAAGAAUAUUAUCAUGAACGAGGAAUGUGUGGUAUAGAUUAUAAAACAUGGAGGGCAGCAGAGUAUUCAGAAGUUAAUUCUAUAUUUGACCUUCUUGAUGAAAAAAUAAGAGAAAAAAUUGCAGCUGCGCUCAAAAAACGAAUCAUUCAUUCCAAUGUCGAAAAGCUAGAUUUCAUUAUGGAUAUAUCGACGAGAGAGCCAUACAUCUAUGAAUUUCCUAAAGAGCUCAAUAUCUCUAGCUCUAAUCAAAUAUUCGUAACAGAGAUGAGAGAUGAAGAAACAGAAACAAAAUCAGCAUUUGCUCUUCGAGUCCACUAUAUUAACGAAAAUAAGCCGCCAGUGAUUCUUGUGCAUCGACUCGGGAAACUUAAAAAACGAAAAAAAUGCGUAACUUUUUCGGUAAAACUUGGCUGGAUUAUUGUUGGAACUUCACCAGUUUUAAAUUUAUUAACAAAGAGUUCUAUUCAGCCUGUAUUUGAAAGCGCAGAAAUUCCAAUUACUGUAAAUAAUAACCAAUUUUCAGCAUCUAUCUCGGCACAAUGUUUGAAUCCAAAUACGAGCCUCUUGGCAACAUGUGUUACAAGAUCAAACAAUUCGGAAGAUAAUCCGUCAAAAUCAGAAUAUAUUACGGGAACUUAUUUUUAUAAUAAAAAUGGCGCCGUCGAAGCAUGUGCUUUUUGUUAUGAUCGUGAUAGUAAGUGGAACCAAUGGAAUAUUAUUGAAAUUAUUGGAUGUUCAUUUCAAUAA